AAUUGCUCUUGGAUCCUUCUGUUUACAAUGGCCCAGAGAGCCGGACUCGAAGACCCCGAGAGGUACCUGUUUGUGGACAGGGCUGUCAUCUACAACCCCGCCACUCAGGCGGACUGGACGGCCAAAAAGCUCGUGUGGAUCCCGUCGGAACGCCACGGCUUCGAGGCAGCCAGCAUCAAGGAAGAGCGGGGCGAUGAGGUCAUGGUGGAGCUGGCCGAGAACGGCAAGAAAGCGAUGGUCAACAAAGACGACAUCCAGAAGAUGAACCCACCCAAGUUCUCCAAGGUGGAAGACAUGGCAGAGCUGACGUGCUUGAACGAAGCUUCGGUGCUGCACAACCUGAAGGACCGCUACUACUCGGGACUCAUCUACACUUAUUCUGGACUCUUCUGUGUAGUCAUAAAUCCUUACAAGAACCUUCCGAUCUACUCUGAGAAUAUCAUUGAGAUGUACAGAGGGAAGAAGCGCCACGAGAUGCCUCCGCACAUCUACGCUAUCUCCGAAUCUGCGUAUAGAUGCAUGCUUCAGGAUCGUGAGGACCAGUCAAUUCUUUGCACGGGCGAAUCAGGUGCCGGGAAGACUGAAAAUACUAAGAAAGUCAUUCAGUACCUUGCCCAUGUCGCUUCCUCGCACAAAGGACGGAAGGACCAUAACAUUCCUCAGGAAUCGCCCAAACCGGUGAAGCAUCAGGGGGAACUCGAAAGGCAGCUCUUACAAGCGAAUCCAAUCCUGGAAUCCUUCGGAAACGCGAAGACCGUGAAGAAUGAUAACUCAUCCCGUUUUGGCAAGUUCAUCCGCAUCAACUUUGAUGUAACUGGCUACAUCGUUGGGGCCAACAUUGAAACAUACCUUCUGGAAAAAUCUCGUGCUGUUCGUCAAGCAAAAGAUGAGCGUACUUUCCAUAUCUUUUACCAGUUGUUAUCCGGGGCAGGAGAACAUCUGAAGUCCGAUUUGCUCCUCGAAGGAUUUAAUAAUUACAGAUUUCUCUCCAACGGCUACAUUCCCAUUCCGGGACAGCAAGACAAAGACAACUUCCAGGAGACCAUGGAAGCGAUGCACAUAAUGGGCUUCUCCCACGAGGAGAUUCUCUCCAUGCUUAAAGUAGUAUCUUCGGUGCUGCAGUUUGGAAAUAUUUCUUUCAAAAAGGAGCGAAAUACUGACCAAGCCUCCAUGCCAGAAAAUACAGUUGCACAGAAACUCUGCCACCUCCUUGGGAUGAACGUGAUGGAGUUCACCCGGGCCAUCCUCACGCCCCGGAUCAAGGUUGGCCGAGACUACGUGCAGAAAGCCCAGACCAAAGAACAAGCAGAUUUUGCGGUGGAGGCGCUGGCGAAGGCCACCUACGAGCGACUGUUCCGCUGGCUCGUGCACCGCAUCAACAAAGCCCUGGACCGGACCAAGCGGCAGGGCGCCUCGUUCAUCGGCAUCCUCGACAUCGCUGGGUUCGAGAUAUUCGAGCUGAACUCGUUCGAGCAGCUGUGCAUCAACUACACCAACGAGAAGCUGCAGCAGCUCUUCAACCACACCAUGUUCAUCCUGGAGCAGGAGGAGUACCAGCGCGAGGGCAUCGAGUGGAGCUUCAUCGACUUCGGCCUCGACCUGCAGCCCUGCAUCGACCUCAUCGAGAGACCCGCCAACCCCCCCGGCGUGCUGGCCCUUCUGGACGAAGAGUGCUGGUUCCCAAAGGCCACGGACAAGACCUUUGUUGAGAAACUAGUUCAAGAGCAAGGCUCCCACUCCAAGUUCCAGAAGCCCCGGCAGCUGAAGGACAAAGCGGACUUCUGCAUCAUCCACUACGCGGGGAAGGUGGACUACAAGGCGGACGAGUGGCUGAUGAAGAACAUGGACCCCCUGAACGACAACGUGGCCACGCUCCUGCACCAGUCCUCGGACAGAUUCGUGGCGGAGCUCUGGAAGGACGAGAUUCAGAAUAUUCAGAGAGCUUCUUUCUAUGACAGUGUUUCUGGUCUUCAUGAACCACCAGUGGACCGCAUCGUGGGCCUGGACCAAGUUACUGGCAUGACGGAGACGGCAUUCGGCUCUGCGUACAAAACCAAGAAGGGCAUGUUCCGCACGGUGGGGCAGCUCUACAAGGAGUCCCUCACCAAGCUGAUGGCCACGCUCCGAAACACCAACCCCAACUUCGUCCGCUGCAUCAUCCCGAAUCACGAGAAGCGGGCUGGAAAACUGGACCCGCAUCUGGUGUUGGACCAGCUGCGCUGCAACGGCGUCCUGGAGGGGAUCCGCAUCUGCCGCCAGGGCUUCCCCAACCGGAUCGUCUUCCAGGAGUUCAGACAGAGAUAUGAGAUCCUAACUCCAAACGCUAUUCCUAAGGGUUUCAUGGAUGGCAAACAGGCUUGUGAGCGAAUGAUCCGGGCCCUAGAACUGGACCCAAACCUGUACAGAAUCGGACAGAGCAAGAUAUUUUUCAGAGCUGGCGUGCUGGCGCACUUGGAGGAAGAAAGAGAUUUAAAAAUCACCGACAUCAUCAUCUUCUUCCAGGCCGUUUGCAGAGGUUACCUGGCCAGAAAGGCCUUUGCCAAGAAGCAGCAGCAGCUGAGCGCCCUCAAGGUCCUGCAGCGGAACUGCGCCGCCUACCUGAAGCUCCGGCACUGGCAGUGGUGGCGCGUCUUCACCAGGGUGAAGCCGCUCCUACAAGUGACCCGCCAAGAGGAGGAGCUUCAGGCCAAGGACGAAGAGCUGCUGAAGGUGAAGGAGAAGCAGACAAAGGUGGAGAGCGAGCUGGAGGAGAUGGAACGCAAGCAUCAGCAGCUCCUGGAGGAGAAGAACAUCCUGGCGGAGCAGCUGCAGGCGGAGACGGAGCUCUUCGCCGAGGCGGAGGAGAUGAGGGCCAGGCUGGCGGCGAAGAAGCAGGAGCUGGAGGAGAUCCUCCAUGACCUGGAGUCCAGGGUCGAAGAGGAGGAGGAGAGAAACCAGAUCCUCCAAAAUGAGAAGAAGAAGAUGCAAGCGCACAUUCAGGACCUGGAAGAGCAGCUGGACGAGGAGGAGGGCGCCCGCCAGAAACUGCAGCUGGAGAAGGUGACGGCGGAGGCCAAGAUCAAGAAGAUGGAGGAGGAGAUCCUGCUUCUCGAGGACCAAAACUCCAAGUUUAUCAAAGAAAAGAAACUCCUGGAGGACCGCGUCGCGGAGUGCUCUUCUCAGCUGGCUGAGGAGGAGGAGAAGGCCAAGAACUUGACCAAAAUCAGGAAUAAGCAAGAAGUGAUGAUCUCGGACUUAGAAGAACGCUUAAAGAAGGAAGAAAAGACCCGUCAGGAGCUGGAAAAGGCCAAGAGAAAACUCGACGGAGAGACGACCGACCUGCAGGACCAGAUCGCAGAGCUGCAGGCGCAGAUCGACGAGCUCAAGGUCCAGCUAGCCAAGAAGGAGGAAGAGCUGCAGGGCGCACUGGCCAGGGGUGACGACGAGACGCUGCACAAGAACAACGCGCUCAAGGCGGUGCGCGAGCUGCAGGCCCAGAUCGCCGAGCUGCAGGAGGACUUCGAGUCUGAGAAGGCCUCGCGCAACAAGGCGGAGAAGCAGAAGCGGGACCUGAGUGAGGAGCUGGAGGCCCUGAAGACGGAGCUGGAGGACACGCUGGACACCACGGCGGCCCAGCAGGAGCUCCGCACCAAACGGGAACAAGAGGUGGCGGAGCUGAAGAAGGCUCUGGAGGAAGAGACCAGGAACCACGAGGCUCAAAUCCAGGACAUGCGACAGAGACACGCCACGGCCCUGGAGGAGCUCUCGGAGCAGCUGGAGCAGGCUAAGAGGUUCAAGGCAAAUCUGGAGAAGAACAAGCAGGGUCUGGAGACAGACAAUAAGGAGCUGGCGUGCGAGGUCAAGGUGCUGCAGCAGGUCAAGGCCGAGUCUGAGCAUAAGAGGAAGAAGCUGGACGCGCAGGUGCAGGAGCUCCACGCCAAGGUCUCGGAAGGAGACAGGCUCCGGGCGGAGCUGGCCGAGAAAGCAAACAAGUUACAGAAUGAACUGGAUAAUGUCUCCACACUUCUGGAAGAAGCCGAAAAGAAGGGUAUUAAAUUUGCUAAGGAUGCAGCCAGUCUUGAGUCUCAACUACAGGACACACAGGAGCUCCUCCAGGAGGAGACGCGCCAGAAGCUCUACCUGAGCAGUCGCAUCCGGCAGCUGGAGGAGGAGAAGAACGGCCUCCAGGAGCAGCAGGAGGAGGAGGAGGAGGCCCGGAAGAACCUAGAGAAGCAAGUGCUGGCCCUGCAGGCUCAGCUGGCGGAUACCAAGAAGAAAGUAGACGAUGACGUGGGAACGAUUGAAAGUCUGGAAGAGGCCAGAAAGAAGCUCCUGAAGGACGUGGAGGCACUGGGCCAGCGCCUGGAGGAGAAGGCCUUGGCCUACGACAAGCUGGAGAAGACCAAGAACCGCCUGCAGCAGGAGCUGGACGACCUGGCGGUGGACCUGGACCAGCAGCGCCAGGUCGCCUCCAACUUGGAGAAGAAGCAGAAGAAGUUCGACCAGCUGCUGGCUGAGGAGAAGAACGUGUCGGCCCGCUACGCGGAGGAGCGGGACCGCGCCGAGGCAGAGGCCAGGGAGAAGGAGACCAAGGCGCUGUCCCUGGCGCGGGCCCUCGAGGAGGCGCUGGAGGCCAAGGAGGAGUUCGAGAGGCAGAACAAGCAGCUCCGGGCGGACAUGGAAGACCUGAUGAGCUCCAAGGACGACGUGGGGAAGAACGUGCACGAACUUGAAAAGUCCAAACGGGCACUGGAGCAGCAGGUGGAGGAGAUGAGGACCCAGCUGGAAGAGCUGGAGGACGAGCUCCAGGCCACGGAGGACGCCAAGCUCCGCCUGGAGGUCAACAUGCAGGCCAUGAAGGCCCAGUUUGAGCGGGACCUGCAGACCAGAGACGAGCAGAACGAGGAGAAGAAGCGGCUGCUGGUGAAACAGGUGCGGGAGCUGGAGGCGGAGCUGGAGGACGAGCGGAAGCAGCGGGCGCUGGCGGUCGCCUCCAAGAAGAAACUGGAAAUAGACCUGAAGGACCUGGAAGCGCAAAUGGAGGCCGCAAACAAAGCCAGGGACGAGGUGGUCAAGCAGCUCCGGAAGCUUCAGGCUCAGAUGAAGGAUUACCAACGGGAGCUAGAAGAAGCUCGUGCGGCCCGGGACGAGACUUUCGCCCAAUCCAAAGAGAGUGAAAAGAGACUGAAGAGCCUAGAAGCAGAGAUCCUUCAAUUGCAGGAGGAACUGGCCUCCUCGGAGCGCGCGCGCCGCCACGCCGAGCAGGAGCGAGACGAGCUGGCCGACGAGAUUGCCAACAGCGCCUCUGGCAAGUCGGCGCUGCUGGACGAGAAGCGGCGGCUGGAGGCGCGGAUUGCGCAGCUGGAGGAGGAGCUGGAGGAGGAGCAGAGCAACACGGAGCUGCUCAACGACCGCUUCCGCAAGACCACGCUGCAGGUGGACACGCUGAACGCAGAGCUGGCAGCCGAGCGCAGCGCCGCCCAGAAGAGUGACAACGCGCGCCAGCAGCUAGAGCGGCAGAACAAGGAGCUCAAGGCCAAGCUGCAGGAGCUGGAGGGCACCGUCAAGUCCAAGUUCAAGGCCACCAUCUCUGCCCUGGAAGCCAAGAUCGGGCAGCUGGAGGAGCAGCUGGAGCAGGAAGCCAAGGAACGGGCGGCCGCCAACAAGCUGGUCCGGCGCACGGAGAAGAAGCUGAAGGAGAUCUUCAUGCAGGUGGAGGACGAGCGCCGGCACGCGGAUCAGUACAAGGAACAGAUGGAGAAGGCCAACGCCAGGAUGAAGCAGCUGAAACGGCAGCUGGAGGAGGCGGAGGAGGAGGCGACGCGCGCCAACGCGUCCCGGCGCAAGCUCCAGCGGGAACUGGACGACGCCACGGAGGCCAACGAGGGCCUGAGCCGCGAGGUCAGCACGCUGAAGAACCGGCUGAGGCGGGGCGGCCCCAUCAGCUUCUCCUCCAGCCGCUCCGGCCGCCGCCAGCUGCACAUCGAAGGGGCCUCGCUGGAGCUGUCGGACGACGACACGGAGAGCAAGACCAGUGACGUCAACGAGGCGCAGCCGCCCCCGUGCGAGUAGGGCCCCGGGGGGGUCGGCCCUUGAGGAAGCCGGCGCCGCAGGGAUUCCUUCCUGGAAGAUCAACUGUGUCUUAAGGCUCCCCGGCCUCCACGUGCUGUAUCCUGCGCCCCUUUUUCUAUAUCCACGUGCCCAGAACGGCCACCUCUCCGACCAACGGCCCCUCGUCACCUCUGCUUCCCGUGUAGCCAUCGCGAGGCCGUGUUAUGAUCCACGGCAAGAAGAGAAGUCGUUUUCCAGACAAAGCCCCGGCCCCGGUGGCCCCCGCCCGGCCGCCCUGCACGCUCGCUGCCGGCAGGCAGGCAGCUCCGUCCGGCGUUCACGCGGCCCCGGCUGCUCCGCCACGUCCCGUCUCAGAACCUUGUGCACCGUGCGCGGCACUCACGUAUUUCCUCCGAAUGACGGUCGGCUCGAGCUCCGCGAGCAAACUGUGAAGGGGCCUCAGACGGACGAGGGGGGCGGGUCGCACCGGGGGAGGCGGCGUCCGUCUGGGGUCACCGUGACUUGAUGUCGCCACAGCUGUCCCUGUGAACGGUCCCGGCCAGGGCUGCUCUGUGCGUAGAGAGGACAGUGGCCCUGAGGCCGCGGGUGGCCCCCCGCCCCGCACCCCCAGGCUCGCAUGCCGACCUCUGCAGCUUCAGCCGCCGCUUUGAGCCCAAAAUGGAAACCGCAGUCCUGUGUCCCAGACGUCCUCCCAGUGUGUCGAGGAGGCUUCAGCGAGCCCCGGGGACCGACGCCAUCCGCCUGGAUGUUGAGCUGCCCGCGGACGUGAAUCCUUUUCCUGGCUCCUCCUCCCUCCCUCGGACAGUGUUACAGCGAACACUCAGCAUUGUUUCUGGUCGGUAGUUAAGCAAACGGACAUUACAGAAAGUGCCUUAGACACUGCAGCACUAAGACCACGUUAAAUCCAUUACUUGCCUCUGUAACAACUUAACGUACGAGUUUGUGCUUCAUAUCAUGUACCUCUAGUCGAAGCGGCAUAAACAUUCAGUGACAACAAAUCAGUGUUACUCCCACAUCCUUGAGCCUCUGCGACGUGCUAGAAAACACCAACCGUUUGGGUUAAAAGCUUUAACAUCUGUUAGGAAGUUUGUCGUGUGGGUUUGGAAGCCUCGGUCCCCCCUGACGGAUUGUGCGAGCUGUCGGCCACCAGACACCUGACUGCAAAGAAUCUUUUUUCUUGUAUUCCCAUAUUUCUAGACAAUGAUUUUUGUAAGACAAUAAAUUUAUUCAUUAUAGAUAUUUACGCCUGCUCUGUUUACUUGGAGGAAAAAGCACCCGUUGAGAAUAAAACAGACCUCAAUAAAUGAGAAUAAUCCUGUGAA